GGUAACAUUCCUGUUAUGCAGCACACGAUGGAUUCAUGUCACUGCACCUCAUAUAUAACAGAUGUCUGGAGCUUUUGCUUUCAUAUCAUUUGAAGUGCUUAAAGAUAAGACAAAAACUGUGCUGAUAGCUAUUAUACAUCUGUUGGUCACAAUAUAUCACUAUGGAUUACUCUACAAAAACCCUGGCUGAAGGGUGCUUUGGGAAAAUAUAUAGGGAAAAGUAUAAGGAUUCAUGGGCUGCUAUGAAGAGAGUCCCUGUAGGUCUCAUCAGCAAAUAUGACCUGCAAAGAGAAUGCAAAGUUUAUGACAAUGCUCGGCAUCCGAAUGUUGUGAAGCUUCUUGGUAACCCUUGGAUUGAAAACUCUAAGUGGCACAUUCCCAUGGAAUUUAUCAGUGGAGAAGAUCUUGAGACAACCAUCUUUGAAGCACGAAAAUCCAAAAUACAGUUGACUCCAGCAGUGAAAGCCACAAUCAUCACUGGAAUGUGUGAAGGUUUGUAUCAACUUCAUAGUAAAGACAUCGUCCACCAAGACCUCAAACCUGAUAACAUCAUGGUCGAACAUGAAACCCAUCGCGCUGUGAUCAUUGACUUGGGGUUGGCAAAGUUUUUCAAAAAUGGACUCAGCUCUGCACAAAAUAUGGGCAAUGAAGCGUACUCAGCUCCAGAGAUCCUGCAGAGGGGUGGAGUUCGUGACAGGAGAUCAGAUGUUUGGGCAAUGGGUAAAAUCAUCGCUGAACUCUGUGCCAGGCUCAGGUUGCCGACUCAAUAUGUGUCUGCCAGCAAAAUUCAGGAAACUCUUAAAGAUCAUCCAUACUGUACGGCAGUGUCAAGGAUGGUGGAGACCAAUCCAGUUUCCAGAGCUCCUAUAGGUGCAGUCAUCUCAGACAUUAGGAGAGCUGCUUCAGCUUUCCAAACAGACAUCAAGCCAAGAGAUGUCACUGUAGCACAGAGAAAUGAAAUGAGGGCAAAUCAAAGGAGGGGUCAGCAAGUACCUGCUUUACGUAAGAUGGAUUUUAAGGCACCUCCUCUAAUAAAGCAUCACCAGACUCGACUUCAACCGAGAGAAAUGAGAAAGGCAGCAGACGUCCCUCCUAAUGUAGCCGGCUUGAGCGAUUCAAUGUCCCUUAUGUCAUUUCCUUGCCCCCUUCCAGAGAAUGGAAUAGUGAUUCAGAAACGCUUCAAUGAAAGGAAUGAACAGAUACAACAUAAAGAGAUUGUCGUUGAGGGAGGGAAAGUCAUUAAAUAUGAAAAGAAAAUAUUAAAAUGACAGAAACGCCCAGUUACAUUAUUGAUUUUUAGUAGCAGUUUUUAGUAGCAAAAGUUAUUUUCUCUGUUUUGGGGAAAAGAGCGGUAAGCACUCAUUCUCUUGGUGCACAAAAAAUACAAAAUCGUAAAUACAAUGUAAUCAGAUAAUCAUUUGUUCAUUUUAUCUGAUACAUGAAUCAAUAACUUGCAAUAUGAUAACUGAGAAAUUCUUAGGGGAAACUAUCCUCCACUUCAGUGGCGGCUGGUGACUUCUUUUUUUGAAGCGCAUGAUGCAAAGUUCGUCACAACAUGUAUGUAGCUUGUCAUGUGUGUGGUCCGUAAUUUCAAAUGUGUUCUGUGCUUUGAGAGGUCAUUUGUGCAUCACAUGUCUUGUUAAAAUAAGUGCCUGCUGCAGCACGUCUAAAGGGUUUAUGAUAAAAGAUAUGCUCGCGUUUGUCAGAUACUCACAUAAUCUCAUGCGUAAUCAGAGUUUACUGUUAAGGAAGUGUCUAGCGUGUAUUUUGGGAACGUAAGCGUCUCUUUAAUCAUAAAUGGUUUUGACACGUCUGCAGCAGGCACUUAUUUUGACAAAACACGUGAUGCACACAGGAUCUCUCGACACACAGGACACAUAUUUUGGAAAAGGGAACUACACGUGACAAUCCGUACACUUAUUUUGAAUUAGCGCAUCCUCGGAUGAGCAGUCACGAGCCGCCACUGCUCCACUUUCAAAUGACUCUUUUAUUCCCUUAAUUCUCCCCUAGAGGGAGUUUCUCUAGAAAAACAGUGAGUCAGGGUUUUACAAAACAGAAAGUAUAGAGUUUGUUGGUACUGAGGAAAAAUGCUGUAUAUCACGUCCAUCAGGAAGAUGGAGAAAGACAAUUCCAAGAAAAUUACAAAUCAUUUCUCUUUUCAUUAUGACUUUUACAGCAAGAAUGCGAAGGAUGUCCUAACCUGUAAAUUAAACUGUUGUACUACAAUAUUGGUAAUCAUUUAUUAAUUUUUUUGUCUUUAGUUGUUAUUUGUUGUAUAAUGCAUUUUUUAUAAUAAUAAUGCAUUUAAUUUGUAAAGCGCUUUUCUUAAACCCAAAGCGCAUACAGUAAAAUAAACAACAAGAGCAAUAAAACAAUUAAGAAAAUACAGCCUUAAACAAAUGUGUCUUUUUUUAAGUGUCCCAAAGUUUGUGCAUUUCUGAUAGUUGGAGGAAGCACAAUACAUAGCUUGG